AAGUCAAAAUAUCCUAUGAAUAAUACCACCACUGUUGACAGUGGAGAAAGUAACCCAUCUAACACCCAAUUUGUUGUAGUCACCGCGAUAUCUGCGACACUUAUAAUUAUACUUUUUGCAGCCUUCACAUACUGCUGCUUUAGAAGAAAGGAACAAGAAAGACUAGCGACCAUUGGACAAAGACAAUUGGAAGAAAGACUGGGAAGAUAUUACCAUAGAUGA